AUGCAGAGCCCUUCGCGCCCCCACAGCCCCCCCGAGGCCGUCCCCCCCGCGGCUCCCCCCGCGGCUCCCCCCGCGGCUCCCCCCGCUUUAGAGCCUUCUGCUCCCCCUCAAGGGGAUCCCCCUGCCCCCCCCGCAGGGGCUACCUCUGCUAAGAGGGUGCUGGCCACCCAAGUGCUCGGCACUGUCAAGUGGUUUAAUGUCCGUAACGGCUAUGGCUUCAUUAACCGGAACGACACACAAGAGGAUGUCUUUGUUCACCAGACCGCCAUCAAGAGGAACAACCCCCGCAAGUUCCUUCGCAGUUUGGACGACGGCGAAAGCGUCGAGUUUGACAUCGUGGAAGGCGAGAAGGGUCCAGAGGCGUCGAACGUGACGGGACCAGGAGGGGCUCCGGUUCGAGGGAGCCGUUUUGCACCCAAUCGACGCCGUUUUCCCCGGUUUUGGCCCCGGUUUUGGGGGGCGGCGAAAGCGACCCCCCCCCACAGUGAGGGGCAAGGGGGGGGCACCGAGGGGGCGCCGCAGCCCCAGAGGAGGAGGAGGAGAGGGGGGGCGCCCCCGUUCUUCUAUCGGAGGGGGAGAGGGAGAGGCCGCGGAGCAGAGGUCUCUGAGCCCCCCCCGCCCCCCACCGAGGCGCCCCCCACCGAGGCGCCCCCUCCCCCGCGCUACCGGCCCCGCAGGCCCUUUCGUGCUCCCCCCUCUGCCCCCCCAGCCGGUGACGCCGCGGGGGUCCCUGAAAAAGGGGGGCGCCCUGAACCCCAACGCCGCCGCCGCCCCCCCUUCUUCCAGCGCCGCCGACAGCAGGGUGCCUCCCAGGCCCCCCCCAGCACUGCUGAUGCCCCCAAGGCCCCUGAGGAGGGUGGAGUGGCCUCGGGGCCCCCCCCAAACCAACUCGUAGAGGUGACAGAGCCAACAGAAUCAUGA